AUGAUGUCCCCAGAAGGUGCUAGCUCCUCCAAUCAUGUCGAGAUCCCAGGGCCUCAGCAGGCAGAGGUGGUGGGGCAGCCUGCGACGCUGGUCAAGGUGUCCGUCCCGACGGGGGCGGUGCCUGGGCAGCAGAUCAACUUCACCAUGCCGAACGGUCAGCGCGUGAGCACCUCCGUGCAGGAGCAGGUGCAGCCCGGUGCCACGCUGACGGUUUCCGUUCCGAGCCCAGCCCCGGCAGCCAUGGCAGUGGCUGCUCCGACUGGGUCGGCGAUGCUUCAGCCAGGUCUCGCACAGGCCCGCGAGACGCUGCUGCCUCAGCCGGUCGUCAAUGCCAGCCAGGUAGAUCGCAUGAAGAUGGGUUGGGUGGCUUUCGGCUUGAGCUUUCUUGCCUGCUGCCUCUGUGGGCUGCCCAUGCUGCCCAUCGCGCUGUGCAUCUGGUCUGUCGUCGCAAUGAGCUACUUCUGCAAGCCCCGGGAGGAGCGUGAUCGCAAUCCGCUCUUAUAUGCCCCGGCAUGCGCCUCUGCCGUCACCGCAGGCAUUCUCUGCUGCUGCACUCUUCUGGCUGGGCUUGGGGCGCUCUUCGUCUUCGCUCUCUGCGGUCCCUUUGACAUGGAUCACAUGGACAAGAUGGACAGCUGCCCAGGUUUGGAGAAGUGGAUCAACUCCACCCACAUGGAUCACCACCACCAUUGGCACCCCAAGUGGAUGAGCAAGAACCACAUGGACCACCACCACCACUGGCAUCCCCACUGGCUGCGCGGAUCCUUCCACCACGAGUCCCCGCCGCCGACGGUGUCCUCUCCGGUGUUCUUUGACAAGGCCGUCGAGGAGGAAGCGCUAGGCCGGCCGAUUCCCAUGGGCCAGCACACCAUUGAGGAGGCUGCCGGCAUGGUGGCAGCAGCAGGCGCCGCCCCUCAAAGCCAGCGCGACGAGGCCUCGACGGCGGUCUCUUCGCCCGCUGUGGCCGCGGUGGCCUCCUCCGCCGGAGCGCCGGCGAUGCCCGCGAUGUGGUUCUGA